AACACAACCACUUCGUCUUCAUCACACACAGCCAACAUGAACACGAAUUCUCCCCCUCACCGAAGAGGCCCUUGGUCCCAGCAAGAGGAUCAUCAUCUAAUGACCCUCGUUCAUGAACACGGCCCUCUUAACUGGGUUCGCAUCGCCCAGAGCCUGUCUUCCAGAACACCAAAGCAAUGCCGCGAGCGUUUCCACCAAAACUUGAAGCCAACCCUCAACCACGAACCCAUCUCACCUGAGGAGGGUGCCCUCAUCGAACAACUCGUAGCACAGAUUGGAAAGCGUUGGGCCGAGAUUGCCCGCCGCCUCCAUGGACGAAGUGACAAUGCUGUCAAGAAUUGGUGGAAUGGAAGCCAAAACAGACGCCUGCGAUCCGACCGUCGCCGUGCCACCCAGGGCCAUGAUGACUUCUAUUCUGCAAACCGACAUGGACUUACUAUCUCGACAACACCAUGCCACCAGAUCCCAGGAUCACACCUGUCGCCCAUCUCGGGUCCUAUCACGCGCCACCCUGUUGGAUCAUGGGUUGAAGCUCCUCUUCCUUCGCCUUGUUCAUCCGAGUCCGCCGAAUCCGAAACUGGAUCCAACUACACCACAUCACCAGGUCACCACUCUGUCAAUCUCUACAGGCCUGUUGAGUUGCCGCCUCUCCGCGGUCACUUCUCCAGCCGUGUUGAUCCCAGACUUCCAAGGGCUGAUUCCAGACUCCCAAGCAUCAGCACCACCACUCUCUCCUCCUACGAGGAUAGACAGCCUAUGGUACGAAGCGAGUACAAGCCAGCAUUGCCUUCACCAUACGGCAUCCCAGGACAAAGACAGCUGCCGACUGCCCCGAACUCGCCGGUGCAGCAUCAGUCCCAGUCCCAGCCCCAGUCUCAAACAAAACCUCGCUCACAACAGGACUCUCGCAUGCAACUGCAUUCUCUGUUGGGUUAGGUGCUUGACUCAAACGGGCACGACAGCUACACCACGUGCUGAGCUGUACAUGGCGGAAGAAUUGGCAGGCAAACAAGAUUUUUGAAUUUGAUCAAGGAAAGAUACCAGGCGUUUCCAGGUACGGGUACGGAGUCAGGUGCAAACAUGGUUGUAUGUUGUGCAUCGUAUGCAUCACAAUAUGGCAAAGGGCCGAGCCAUGAGUUUAUGCUUUUAGCGCUUUUUUCC